AUGAUGCCUGAAAUGGAGCCAGUAAUUCUUUCACUUGUACAGAAACUGCACGGACAAGAGAUCAAAGAUCCUCUGAUUGAACAUCUAGGCUAUCAGUCUGUGAUUGAUGCUGUCGGGGGCGAACAAGUGUUUACCGAAAUGGCAUUGAAUGCAAUCGACCCUCGUAUUCUCGCUCUCCAGGGCAAAAUAAUCACAGUGGAAAUGCUAGAUAUUAUCCGUGCAUCCCAGAUGCAAGAACUCGACCCUUGGCCUCAUUCUCAUGGUGGCUACUGCGACUUUAUAACGGAUUCCCGAGAUGCGAAGUACUGGCGUGGAUAUGUCGGACAGGCCUCAGUAUUGGCAAUUCGCAUUCCUCAGCAUUGCAGUGCAAUAAGGACAGGGAAAAACAACACCCUACACUAUCACAUUGUCACAAAACCUUCGGCGGCAGGCUACCGCUACAGCAACUUCAUUCGGCUAUGGAUCAUACAAUUUCCAAAUUGUACCCAAACUUCGACAAAAGAGGCAUUCGAAAAUGUUUUGGAACUAUCAUUCACUCGUGCAUUUCAAACACUUGCCCCUUCUAUCCUCGAGCUUUAUUUUGGUCCCUGCCCAGAAGGCUCAUACUCAAGCCUUGGUCUUAACAUAGUUCCCCCACUGAUGCAAGGUAGAGAACUCUCACCGAGAGUUCGGGCGGAGUUUACAAAACUUCUGGAGGGCUCUACAGACUCCGAGAUCCGUGAGUGGCCAAGUGUCCGGGCAAAGCAGAAGCACCGGCCCAACGCCUCCGAGAAAAGCUUGGUUGAAACUCAGAGAUGCCCAAGAUUCACCGCUGAAGAAAAUGUCAAUGCUCUUUAUGUUGCCAUACAGAGUGGAGAGGAGUUUGCUGAUAUGGCUUUCUGGCCAUCAAAGGGAAAGGUUCCAUGGACGCCCCUUGGCAGUGAGAUCCAGCCCUUGGAUGUGAAGGCCUGGUUUGAGAAUAUUUCCAACUGGAUCUUGAACGAUGGUUGCACCAAGAGCGAUCUAGCAAUCCCAAUAGGCACUACAGUAGCCUCUGUUGGCAUCAUGUUAGAUAGCGUUCCGACCCACACCUAUGGCGAGAUAUCUCUCCCUUGGGGGUUGAGAGAAAGCGGGUUCACGGAGACAAACUCUUUGAUAUGGUUCACCAAUCUUCAAAAGUACAAGCUUAUCCCUGGGACAUUCCAAGUCGGCAUGUCACGCGACACCGAUACAGAAUUCUUCUCAAAAAGUACCCAAGAAUUGAUUGAGAAAAGCAGCCUCCGAGUCAUUCUACUCUGCGGAAAAUUCGCUGAAAAAGUGGCACUCACAGAGCAAGACCUCAAGAAUAAAUUUAUUUUGGAUCUCCAAGGUGCUCGAUAUGAAAUCUGGGUGAGAUUCCGACACAAUGCCAUUGAGCGCAUCUUCGUGAGAUCGCCCGCUCCUCUCAUCACACUAUGGUCGAACAAAGGGUCCAUAGCUGUGAAGAUCGACUUACUGUUUAGGUGUGUGUCGGCUGUCUCAAACACUAGGCUCUCCACGACAUUCUAUGAAAGUGCACUCACAGUAGCACUGGUGAUUCGUGGGUGGGACGAUGAGAGAUCUGAGAGGGUUGACCCGCUCGAACCAGCGCUAGAAAAAGUGAAUCCCACUUUGAGAAUAUGGCUAGAAAGGUUAGGGUUUAGGGAGGACGAGGAUGUCCGCCGUCUUGCAGAGUGCACAGCGGGGUCAUUGAGGCUUGGUUUGCUCGUUCUCCUGAAAGUAUUACCAAGAGCUCCACCGGGGGUAGGACCCAGAAAGGUCCCACAGUCCAAGACAAAGCGAAUCGGCGUGAUAUCUCCAGAGACGAUGGAAAAAGUCCGAUUAUUACUGAAAGAUGUCCAGAAAGAGCUACUCCCAGUGAAUAAGACUGACACUGGCGACGUUAUCAAGCCCUCGCACACCCAGUGGGAGGACACCAGCUUGGUAGAUGAAGACCUCAUAAUGGAAGCGGUUGAGCAUGGGAGUGCAACACUGAAAGAGUUGGACUCAGAGAAGGAGAGACUAGUGGUCGAACGGCUGCAAGCACAGGGACCUGGGGCAACAGAAGUGAACCAGAUGACCUAUCAAAAAGGUCUACAACUUCUCAUAGGUUAUCAUUUCAAGGGACACGAAACCAGAAAGGGGGAAGUCAGUACUUAUCAGUUCAACUUUCAACAUGCAACUUUCCGAAUCCACCAAGCGCCCCCAAAUGAGACAUCUUUUUUUGUGAAAGCCGAGAUAGCACCUAUGGGUGAGAGACAUCCCCACGCCUACGCCACCAACGCCUUAAGGAGUGACCCGGGCAUGCGAUUUGGCUUUAGAGUUUCAUUGCGUGAUGAAAAGGGAGAAGAGUCAUUCGUGAAGUAUGCGAGCAGCUCUACGUGGCAAGCCAUCGCGAUCGCUAAUUCGUUUGUGGAUGGUCUCGAUGGGGACUCAUUUGAAGAGAUAUGUCGUCGGAAAAGACGAUUUGUCUGGAUCGACAAAAGGAUUAAGAACGUGCCACCAGAACUGCAACCAUUUAUUAAUGGGGCCUACCGGGACGAUGAAGACAAUAUAAUCAGGUUCAAUAGUGCUUCUCCUAAGGUUCUGAAGCCAACAGGUUAA